AGAAAUGACUUGAAAGCUCUGGAGAAGUUGUUCAGGCGAAUAAGUAGGGCUGUCCGACCCACUUCAGUAUUCCACCCGGGGAGCCGAAGCUUGGAGCGGUGUUGUGGUUUUGUUUGUGUGUAUUUAUUUGCGUGUGUGUGUGUGUGUGUGUGUUUGUGAACAGGGGACUUGUGGAAAGACUGUUUAAAAAAAACACCCUGUCCGGCUUCUGAACUGUAAGAGCAGCUCUCGUUGUCUGAGCAGCUAGUUGGUUAGCUAACAGAGUGUCUACUGGCUAAAAUGAACGUCCAUAUGAACGGCUUCCACAACGACUCGUUCAUUGAUGAAGACUGCUUCCUCUUCACUUCUGAAUCAGUGGGAGAAGGACACCCCGAUAAGAUUUGUGACCAGAUCAGUGAUGCUGUGUUGGAUGCACACCUCAGACAAGACCCAGAUGCCAAAGUAGCAUGUGAGACUGUUGCUAAGACGGGGAUGAUCCUGCUGGCCGGGGAGAUCACCUCCAGGGCCCAUGUUGACUACCAGAAGAUUGUCAGAGAGGCAAUCAAGCACAUUGGCUAUGACGACUCCUCUAAAGGCUUCGACUAUAAGACCUGCAAUGUACUGGUGGCUCUGGAGCAGCAGUCCCCUGACAUUGCUCAGGGUGUUCACCUGGAUCGAAAGGAAGAAGACGUGGGAGCCGGCGACCAGGGUCUGAUGUUUGGAUAUGCCACUGAUGAGACUGAGGAGUGUAUGCCCCUCACCAUUGUCCUGGCCCACAAGCUCAAUGCCAAGAUGGCAGAGUUACGCCGAAACGGAACGCUGCCAUGGCUCCGACCUGAUUCCAAAACUCAGGUGACUGUUCAGUACAGGCAGGAUCGCGGCGCCAUGGUACCAUUGCGUGUCCACACCGUCGUGGUGUCUGUGCAGCACGACGAGGCCGUAAGUUUGGACGAGAUGCGUCACUGUCUGAAGGAGCAGGUGGUGAAAGCAGUGGUUCCCAGCGGGUACCUUGAUGAUGACACCAUAUACCACCUGCAGCCCAGCGGCCGCUUUGUCAUCGGAGGACCACAGGGUGAUGCUGGUCUGACUGGGCGUAAGAUCAUUGUCGAUACUUAUGGGGGCUGGGGGGCUCAUGGAGGCGGAGCUUUUUCUGGGAAGGACUACACAAAGGUAGACCGCUCGGCUGCCUAUGCUGCCCGCUGGGUGGCCAAAUCUCUGGUAAAAGCUGGGCUCUGCAAGCGUGUGUUGGUCCAAGUAUCCUAUGCUAUUGGAGUUGCCCAUCCCCUCUCUGUCUCCAUCUUCCACUAUGGGACCUCCCAGAAGAGCGAGAGGGAGCUGCUGGACAUUGUGAAGAAAAACUUUGACCUCCGUCCAGGAGUUAUCGUGAGGGAACUUGACCUGAAGAAACCCAUCUACCAGCGCACAGCAGCUUAUGGUCACUUUGGUCGUGACGUCUUUUCAUGGGAGGUCCCCAAGAAGCUGAAAUACUGAACCCCUCCUCUAAUCUCCCAGCGGGCCUUAGGUGUAUUACAGAUAAAUGUGUAUGUUUGUCUAUCUCCCCUCUUCCUUUUCGUCUUCCUCUUUCUCUUCCUUAUUCCCCUUCCUCCUCACAAACACAGCCACAUCUCUACAGCCUCUACUACCUGAAAAGAUUUCCUUUCCCCACCUGUUGGUGUUGAAGAUACCUUGAAGAGAGAACAACAGUAUUUCAGUUGCCAAGAUAUUCAACUAAACAGAUAUGUUGGAGAAAGUGUGCACACAGAUUUGAGCAGUGCUGCCAGCUUUUAUUCAUCUGGCCACUCACCUCACCUCAUUUUGCGUGAUUAGCGAUCAUUAAGUUUCCUGCUACUGACAGGUAUUGUUGAAGGUUUAUAUUAACACUAUAUUCAUAACUUACCUCCAACAGGACCAUGCGUGUAUUUACCAGUAAUUCAAACAUUUUUGGUAAUCCCCAGCUUCUACAGUCAGAAUUCCACUGCAGUUUAAUUUCACAAGUAAUCCAUGAUUGGCAUCCUCUGUUGCUCUCUCUUUUAAUGGCAACACAUCCUUUCCCAAUUCACCUAACUGUUUUUGAAAUCUUCAAUGGCACAAAUGGGGUCAAACACUUGUCGAGUGAUGUAAAAUCUGCAAAUUUUCUUAUUUGUGCUGUCCCUUCAGGCCAUGUUUUUCUGACGUUUUACAGAGAAGUCAGAAGCUGCUAAUGACCUUGUGGUUAUGUUGGGCUGCACCUUUUGUAAUUUAUUAUGUUGGUUUAAAUGUCAUGUGAAUGUUUCAGAUGAUGUUAAAUGUGUCAAUGUUUUACUGACCAAGAUAAAGGCGAGGCACAGUACUCAUCCUUCCUAAGACCGACUCUGGGUGUAGCUACAGAGAAACCCAGGCUUAGUCGCCUUUGGAUAGGGGCUGCCUUUAUCCCAUGGCAACACUGCACUUGAAAUCAUUUAUAAAAUGGCGUUUGACUAUUGUGGGACCUAAUAGUUUGACCAGCAAGGAUGGGCAACUGAAUAAUGUGUGCCACAAGUUACUAUGUCUAAAAACUGUUUUCCACUCAGUUGCACAUGUUUACGGUCUCGACACCUUCCACAUCUGGAGGAAAUGUAGAGCAGAGGCUCAGACAGACCAAGACAAAGAGAUAAGAGGCAGAGGACAGUCAGCUUAAUGAAUGUAAGGUAUUACUGCUCUCAUCCUCCCAGCAGAGUUUGUUUUGUAUGAAUUACAACAAGGGAUCAGAUAUGUAACUUUACGCUUGUGGAUUUUGAAUCUUCCGCUGGAGUUGCACAGCACAUAAGUUAUUGAAGUUACCCAAAAUGGAAAAGGCUUCUGUUUUCACUGUUACAUGUACAGUAGUACCCAAAUGAAUGUUAAGAUUGCCGCCGAAGUUUCUAUUUUAAUUUAUUUAUUUAUUUGUUUUUAAAAAUGUAGUCAUUCUUUGCACUGUGCCCCACAGGUCAUGGAUGACUUGAAUCAGAAUUUGUAGAUAAGGUUAGGAAAGAAAGAUGCCCGGGAUCCUGGCCAGAUUUGAACCUGAGAUGUUGUGAAUACACAGUAUAUGCCUUUGAGUGCGUCUCCAGUUGCCCUUUUCCUUGACUUUACUCCUGGAUGUGUAUCCACACAAUGUAGUUGCAGAGUUAAGGCAAAGCCAGCUGUAAGCCUGAGUGAGAUUAGUAUUUAAAAUCAUCAUAGUUGGUUUUUGGUCUCACUUGUGUUAACAGUUAUUGUCUAAAAAUGUCUUUAUCCUGUAGCUAGAUGGCACUGUGUCCCCAUAAAUAUUUUAAAGAUUUUUUUUCUACUCCGAAAACACUGAUAUCAUUUAAGUUUUGCUCCUUUGGCAUCACCUUGUGGUUCCUUGAGUGUACUACAGAGAAGCCUCAGGUAGGAGCCACAGGGUGGUGCUGUAAGAGAACUUUAAAUCAAAUUAUUUGUGUGAUCAUCCGGUAAAAUGACUCAAACUUGCGAAGGUUUUUUUUAUUAUUAUAUUAACAACAUGCAUCCCCUAGCUCAUCCACAGAUGAGGCAAAUGCUUGGUUGGUGUUGUACAGAGAAACCAGCCUGUUUACAUGGUCUCCUGGGGGUGGCGGGUGUGAGGAGCAUGUUUUUCUCGGUUAAAUGUUUUUUUUGUUUGUUUUUUUAAUUCUUGGAAGUGAGUCUGUCAGUGUGGUUGCUGAAUGUGUAAAAGUGCCUUUUCUAAUUUUCUGCAAUGCCCCUUUCCCCUUCCCUCAAAUAUCAGACUCCCUUACCUGACCAUUGACCUUCACCUCCCCUCCCCCAGUUUCCACCCUGAGGCUGCAAAACUUCCCUCUUUGUUUUUGAGUUUCUCUUUUAGACCCUUCAAAUAAACUGCACGCUUGCUUGUGAUUAUGGGCUGUGCUUUUGGCUAUUUAUUUAUUAUGCUGUAGAUUAUAUCCAACUGUAGUUUAUGUUAUGAUUGCUGCAACAAUCACUGACAAAAUGUUGCAGAUGAAAAUUAAAAUGGUGAAACAUGAA